AUGGAAGUUAUAUAUAUUAUAUUAGGGUGCCUUAUUAGCCAUUAGAAUUCAAAGUGCGUUGAGUUAAAAAUCAAUCCUAAAUUACUUGUUAUUCAUUCACUUAAAGGUGUUGUAUAAUAGAAGGAGAUGAAGAAGAUUUUUCGAACCUCCAAAAAAUCAAUACACAAAUUGUAGAAAAGUCAUGCUAAAUUCCAUAUUAAGAAGAACCGAUUCUAACUAGACUCGUCAUAUCUUUGAAUCAAAAUAAAAUACACAAAAGGUUGAUGUGCUCCUUGUUUGUUAGUUUUGAAUAUUAAACUAUUUGAAUGAAUAAUUUAAUUUAGUUUUGUUUAACAAAUAAAAUUUAAUAAUAUCACUUAUACGGAAUUUGACUUAGUUUUAUAUGAGGAAUAAACUAAUUAUAGUGAAUUAAUUAGGAUAAAUACAAAAAUAUUAGCUAAUGAAUUUUGUGAUGAAUUAUUUAGAAAUGAAGAUGAAAGUUUGAGUUUAUUUUGUAUUGGAUAGUCAACUUAAAAAUAAUAUUCUUUAAAAUAAUAUUCUUUGGAUUUUCAAAAAAUGUGAAUUCAAUAUUGGAACAUGAUGUUUCAGACCAAAUCAAAGAUUAAUGCAAAAAAAAAUAAUUCAUUAUUUUUUAUCAAUGUUCGAAAUGGAAAGUUUUGUUGAUUUAAAACAAUUAAGCUAAUACUUUAUUCGAUUCUUAAAUGAAGUGCUAGGAUAGUUAGCUAUCAAACCUGUCCUUUAUUGAUGAUGUAGCUUUCUGUAAUUAUAAUUAUUUUUCUUCUGUUAUCUAUUUGAUAGAAAAUAAUAUUUAUCUGUAAUUGAAUUUCAAUUAAGAUAAAGUCAAAAUUAUGAAAUGCUUGUAAAUAUAAUAUGCAAAUCGAAUUCAGAAAAUACUAAUUUAACCGAAAUGUUUAUUUAUGAUUUUAGUCAAUGAAUUAGAUGAAUCUGAUUAAUCUUAAAAAGCAUUGCAGAUCCUAUUGAAUUAGAACUAUUCAAUGAAUAAUAUUCACUUUUCUUAGAAUCUUCUUUUCCUUUAAAACCAAUUUUAAUUAGAUGUAUUAAUAAAUGUUAGAAUUAAUUAAACAUAUCAAAUUUGCAACACUACAUUGUAUUUUUUUGAUUUUGAUAAUUUAUUCUGUUAAUAUGAUUCAGCCAAAAAAGUGUUAUAGUUUUAUAAGUAUUAUGCAUUAAGUACUGUUGUAAAACCUAAAUAGAAGUAUGUAUAUGUAAUUUAGAAAAUAAAUUUGUUUAGAAAAGAUGAUAUUAUAAGCUGUUUUAAAUUUUUAGACGAAAAUAACACUUAGAAAGAAAUACCAUAAUCCACCGAUUUGAUGAUUUUCCAAAAUAAUUGUUAAAAUAAGUAAUAUUAAAUAUGGAAACCACACUAUCCUAAUUACUUUAAAAAUAGUACUUAUAAUUUUUAUAGUGUUGAUGGAAGUCUUAACUUAAGUAUCUAGAAAUAUUAAGACUUUCAACAUUAUUGUAUUUCAUGA